AUGACCGAUCUUACGCCUUCCAUCAACCAGCUCCUUCGGGAGAGACACGCUGAGGCGGCAGUAAUUCCCGAGCGUCAUGCGCGUGCUGCCUCCACCGAGACGGUGAAUGAGUUCCUCAAGGAAGCGUACAGAAUAUCCAUCCGUCAUUCGUACCUGUCUAUCGCUACCGCGCCGGCGGUAUCAUCGUCGUCGUCGUCAUCUACGACAGCUAAACCAGCGUACUCCUCCCGUCGUACGCUAUCUACAUCUUCAACCCAACAGACCAAGACCAAGCACCUGACCGACGCCGAACGAGACUCGAUCGACUCGUCCACGGCGUUACUCCUGCGGGACCUCUCGUCGUCGAUCAGCAACCUCUCAUCCGCAGAAUCCCUCCGGCAGGAAACAGAGGAGACGCUCCUGCGGAAGAAAUACGGACAUGCCAACAACAGCGUGCUGUGGCGGUGGGCUGCGGGCGGAGGGGGCGCCUUGUCCGCGAGGAAAACGCCGGAGCAGGAGCGUGACGAGGAGGCGGCGCGCACGAUCCGCACCGUCCGCGAGAGCAUUCUCUGGUAUCUGCGGCGGGCGCUCGAGGAGGCGGCGGAGGUGCAGCGCGGGAUGGUGGAGAAGCGGAUCGAGCGGGUGAGAGAGCGGGAGAAGAGCGUGCUGUACAAGGCGGGUGGGACGUCGCCGACGGCAGUUACAGCGACAGCGACAACUUUUGAAGGUGCUGCUGGCGCUGGUGAAUGGACAGGCGUCCGCGACACAGCCCUGACAAUGAGCGAGGGCGAAGUCGCCGAUAUCGAGUCGCAGCUCUCACCAGAACAGCUACAGCUGUUUGCAGAGGAGAACGAUGCGAUGCUCAAACAGUACGAGGAUACGCUAAGCAAGGUGCAGUACGUAGCCCUAUCCCCAGGAAUAUCCGCACAAAUCUCCCCUCCCAAUCCCUACGGUCUGGAUAUUGAUAUUGAUAUUGAUAUUGACGAUGAUGCAAACCCUCGUCAGCCACCUGGCCACGCAGGAAGAGUACAUCAGCCAGCUGGUGACCGACGCCGCGACCACGUCGGAGAACGUCAGCCGGGGCAACAAGGAGCUGAAACGGGCGACGGAGCGGCGGAGCACGGCGCAGCUGGUGUUUUGGGGGACGGUGGGGUUGUAAUGGUAAUUAUUUCUUUCGAUUCGAGUCAGUCAGUCAGUCAAGGUCAGUUCAAGGAGUUGGCGUUUUUGAAUGGAAUGGAAUAUUAUUAUUAA